ACGCGACGGAGCGGGCUGCGAAGAUGGCGGACGAUGAGGCCGAGCAGGAGCGCCUGAGCGGCGGCGGCUGCGCGGCGGAGCUGCGGCGCCUGGGCGAGCGGCUGCUCUACGACCGUAAGGUCUUUGUUGAUGUUCCCGAGCCAAUCCCGCCGGACCUGCAAGCUGGGAGUGGCGGCGGCGUCUGCGGUACGCGGCCGUUAGCGCUGGCUGCUCUCCGCGGUGCAAGGGAGCUGUCACCCAUUCCGGAUGCUGGGAUUAAAGGCUGCGUGACUUCUGCCCAGCACAAACUGCUUUUUUUUUGUUCUUCAAAAUUGUUGGGAAUAUGUUUGUUUAAAAUAGUUGGAAAAGGGAAAAAGUUGAUUAGUCAAUGUGCAAUUUUAUUUACAUUUGAAUAUGUUUUAUUUUUCCUUCCAAAACAGACACUCCUUGAAUAUGCAGAGAAGUGGAAAACUUCCGAAGACCCCUUACCUUUACUGGAGGUAUACACAGUGGCCAUCCAAAGUUAUGUGAAAGCUCGACCAUACCUUACCUCAGAAUGUGAAAGUGUAGCCUUGGUUCUGGAACGCUUGGCAUUAAGCUGUGUUGAACUUUUACUAUGUCUACCUGUUGAGUUAUCAGAUAAACAGUGGGAACAAUUUCAGACAUUGGUGCAGGUAGCUCACGAGACGCUGAUGGAGAGCGGCAGCUGCGAGCUACAUUUUUUAGCAACUCUAGCUCAGGAGUCUGGUGUGUGGAAAAAUGCGGUUCUGUCCACUAUUCUUUCCCAGGAGCCAUUGGAUAAGGAUAAAGUGAAUGAAUUUUUAGCAUUUGAGGGCCCCAUCUUGUUGGAUAUGAGAAUUAAACAUCUAAUCAAAUCAAAUCAGUUAAGUCAAGCCACUGCUCUAGCAAAGCUGUGUUCUGAGCAUCCAGAGAUUGGUACAAAAGGGAGUUUUAAGCAAACUUACCUUGUCUGUCUUUGCACAUCUUCACCAAAUGAAAAGCUAAUCGAAGAGAUUUCAGAAGUUGAUUGCAAAGAUGCAUUAGAAAUGAUCUGUAAUUUAGAAUCUGAGGGUGAUGAGAAAAACGCCCUUGUUUUGUGUACUGCCUUUCUCUCCCGGCAGCUCCAGCAAGGAGAUAUGUACUGCGCCUGGGAACUCACCCUGUUCUGGAGUAAACUGCAGCAGAGGGUAGAACCAUCAGUUCAAGUGUACCUUGAGAGGUGUCGUCAGCUGUCCUUGUUAACGAAGACUGUAUAUCACAUUUUCUUCCUGAUUAAAGUCAUUAAUUCAGAGACUGAAGGGGCUGGACUUGCUACUUGCAUAGAAUUAUGUGUGAAAGCUCUUCGCUUGGAAUCUACAGAAAAUACUGAAGUGAAAAUAUCAGUUUGCAAGACCAUUUCCUGUUUGUUGCCUGAUGAUCUGGAAGUGAAACGUGCUUGUCAACUGAGUGAAUUUCUUAUUGAGCCCACAGUAGACGCAUAUUAUGCUGUGGAGAUGUUGUACAACCAGCCGGACCAGAAAUAUGAUGAAGAGAAUCUUCCUAUACCAAAUUCUCUACGCUGUGAGCUCUUACUUGUUUUGAAAACUCAGUGGCCCUUUGAUCCAGAAUUUUGGGAUUGGAAAACCUUAAAACGACAGUGUCUUGCACUAAUGGGAGAAGAGGCGUCUAUUGUGUCUUCAAUUGAUGAACUCAAUGACUGUGAAGUGUAUGAAAAGGUAGAUUACCAGGAUGAAAGCAGAGAAGCAUCUGUGAAUGGGGUUUCUUGUGGACUUGGCACCAAUUCUGGCCUCCUGAUGGAUUCUGGUGAUGAUAAGCAACAGAAGGACCUAAAACAGUUGAAGGACAGGGGGUUCAUAUCUGCUAGGUUUAGGAAUUGGCAAGCCUACAUGCAGUAUUGUGUGCUAUGUGACAAAGAAUUCCUUGGGCACAGAAUAGUACGGCAUGCUCAAAAACAUUACAAAGAUGGGAUUUACAGCUGUCCCAUAUGCGCAAAGAAUUUUAAUUCUAAAGAAACUUUUGUCCCUCAUGUCACACUGCAUGUUAAACAGUCUAGUAAAGAGAGACUAGCAGCCAUGAAACCAUUAAGAAGAUUGGGAAGGCCUCCUAAGAUCACAGCCACCCAUGAAAGUCAAAAGGCUAACACUAAUAAUGUGGCCAAACAGGAACAACGGCCCAUAAAAAAGAAUAGUCUUUAUUCAACAGAUUUCAUCGUGUUUAAUGACAAUGAUGGUUCAGACGAUGAGAACGAUGACAAAGAUAAAUCAUAUGAGCCAGAGGCGAUCCCUGUCCAGAAGCCAGUACCCGUUAAUGAAUUUAAUUGCCCUGUAACUUUUUGUAAAAAGGGCUUUAAGUACUUCAAAAAUUUAAUUGCUCAUGUAAAAGGUCAUAAGGAUAAUGAAGAUGCCAAACGCUUUCUUGAAAUGCAGAGCAAAAAGGUCAUUUGCCAGUACUGUAGACGGCACUUUGUGAGCGUCACUCAUCUCAAUGAUCAUUUACAAAUGCACUGUGGCAGUAAGCCGUACAUCUGUAUACAGAUGAAGUGUAAGGCUGGCUUUAAUAGCUAUGCAGAGCUGUUAGCCCACCGAAAGGAGCAUCAAGUCUUUAGAGCAAAGUGCUUAUUUCCAAAAUGUGGCAGAAUUUUUUCCCAAGCUUACUUACUGUAUGACCAUGAAGCCCAGCAUUAUAAUACCUACACUUGUAAGGUCACAGGUUGUGGUAAGGUCUACCGUUCUCAGAGUGAGAUGGAGAAGCACGUGGAUGAUCACAGUGCUCCUGGAAAUGUGCUGCCUUCUGAAGAGCAGCUCAGUUUGUCUGGAAAUGAUGUGAGUCGGAGCACAGAAGGGAGCACUGGGGGAGAAAGAGCAGAGCUUCCUUCAGAGAAGAAUAGCACUGAAAAGAGCUUAGGAGCAGGAAGAGGUGACGGCUGGGAUAAAAGCCAAGCGGGCCAGCGCUCUGCCUCUGAACUCAGGCAAGCUAACAUACCAUUGUCAAAUGGUCUGGAAAACCCUGAUAAUACUGCUGUUCUUCAGACCAAUGAAGUGGCCGUGUCCAUCAAGGUGUCCCUCAACCAUGGCACUGAGGGUGACUUUGGCAAGCAAGAAAACCUAACCACAGAAGGCGCUGGUGAGCCACUGGUGACAGAUUUGUGUAAGCCGGGUGAAGGUGCUGCUGUCGGUUUGUGUCAUCCAUGUCUCCAAGAGAAGAAACGGCAUGAGCACCUGAGUGAAGCCCAUGUGACUCACAAUUCUUUAGCAAAUUCUGAAUCGCUGAAGAUGGGAGACCUUAACCCACAGAACUUAGAAAGACAGGUGAACACGCUGAUGACCUUCUCUCUACAGAGUCAGGCGGGACUGCUGGACAGCUCACAGACUUCCAAGUUUGACUGUGGAGGUGAUGGGAAGACAUCGCCCAGCCUUUACGAUUUACCUCUGAAGACACUGGAAAGCAUUGCGUUUGCCCCAUCGCAGCUCAGCCUGAGCAGUUCUCUGGGAACUCCCUCAGUACCUCCAAAAGCUCCAGCUCAGAAAUUCAGCUGCCAGGUCGAGGGGUGCACUCGAACAUAUAACUCCUCCCAGAGUAUUGGGAAGCACAUGAAAACAGCACACCCUGACCAAUAUGCUGCUUUUAAAAUGCAGCGCAAAACUAAAAAAGGUCAGACAGCUAACAACUUAAGUACACCAAAUCAUGGAAAGUGUGUUUAUUUUUUGCCAUCCCAAGUGAGCAGCUCUAAUCAUGCUUUUUUUACACCACAGACCAAAGCCAAUGGGAAUCCUGCCUGUUCAGCCCAGUUGCAGCAUGUCUCGCCUUCCAUUUUUCCAGCUCAUUUAGCAAAUGUAUCAACUCCAUUGUUACCCUCAGUGGAAAGUGUCCUAAGUCCAAACCUACCUUCUCAGGAUAAGCAUGGACAAGAUGGUAUAUUGUGUUCACAAAUGGAAAAUUUGUCUAGUACUACCUUGCCAGCUCAAAUGGAAGAUCUAACCAAAACAGUUCUGCCUUUGAACAUUGACAGCGGCUCAGAUCCUUUCCUUCCUUUACCCACAGAAAACAGCUCUCUCUUCCCUUCACCAGCAAACAGUGAGAAUAAUUCUGUUUUUUCCCAACUGGAAAAUAGUACAAAUCACUAUCCCUCGCAGAUGGAAGGAAACAUGGAUUCCUCUUUUCUAAAAGGAGGCAGUAGUGAGAAUGGGGUUUUUUCUUCCCAAGCGAGUGUUUCAGACGACAGCAGCAGUGCCAGCGCACAGCAGUCGGCAUCUAAGAAGGCGAAGAAGGAUCGUGGUCGAGGCCCAAAUGGGAAGGAAAGAAAACCCAAGCACAACAAAAGGGCUAAGUGGCCUGCAAUUAUCAGAGAUGGGAAAUUUAUCUGUAGCAGGUGUUACAGGGCUUUCACGAACCCUAGGUCCCUGGGUGGACACCUGUCUAAACGGGACUACUGCAAACCACUGGAUGGAGCAGAAAUUGCACAGGAACUUUUACAGAACAACAAACAGCCUUCCCUUCUGGCCAGCAUGAUUCUCUCUACAAGUGCAGUAAAUAUGCAACAGCCACACCAAUCUACCUUUAAUCCAGAAACUUGUUUUAAAGAUCCAUCCUUCCUGCAGCUUCUUUCUGUGGAAAAUCGCUCAUCAUUUUUACCAAGUGCAUUUCCUAGAUGUGAUGUGAGUAACUUUAAUACCAGUGUUAGUCAGGAAGGCAGUGAAAUUAUUAAGCAGGCUUUAGAAACUGCUGGCAUUCCCAGCACGUUUGAGAGUGCUGAAAUGCUUUCUCAGGUUGUUCCUAUAGGCAGUGUCACAGAUGGAGCACAAGGAAGUUCAGCAGGAAUGCCAGGCACAGCGGUGACACCCUUGUUACAGUCUGUUUGCCACCCAGACAGUUCACCAACUGACCAGAAUAGAACACCAAAUUCCAAAACUUCCACCAUCAAGGAAUGUAACAACUUGCCUAUCUUUCCCACAAAUGAUUCACUGCUAAAGACUAUUGAAAAUGGUUUGUGCACUGAUUCAUUCACUAGUUCUACUGAGCCGUCGCAAAAUUUUACCAGCAAUAGCACACAUAUUUCUGUAAUAAGCGGGCCUCAAAAUUCAAGAUCCAGUCCUUUGAAUAAAAAAGGAAACAGUGCAUCUAAGAGAAGAAAAAAGGCUGCUCCUCCAGUCAUUGUACCCAGUGCUUCCCAGAAUGCGGCAUCAACUGACUUGACAGUGGGACUUACAGCAGAGAACCUUAAGGUUCCCGAUACCAACAUUUGUUCAGAAAUAAUUUCAAAUUGUCAACCUCGGGUUUUGGUGGAAAAUCUCUCACAGAAAUUAAAUAACAUUGACAAUCAUUUGUUUAUAACUGAUGUAAAAGAGAACUUUAAAGCUGGUCUUGACCCACACACAGCGUUAACCCCUUUAACAUUAAAAACAGAAAAUGGUGAUUCUCGAAUGAUGGCUUUGAGUUCAUGCACAUCAGUGGAUUGUGAUUUGCAGGUUUCUGAAGACAAUGUCAUACAGAACUUUGAAAAGACUCUUGAAAUUAUUAAAACUGCUAUGAAUUCUCAAAUACUUGAGGUAAAAAGUGGAUCUCAGGGUACUGGUGAGACACCACAGGAUGCUCAGAUAAAUUACAGCAUUCCGCUUCCUUCAGAAAGCCCAACCCAAGACAACAAGUUACCUGAUUCUUCUCAGUGUUCCUCUUUCCUAACUGUAGUGCCAACAAAAAGUAACGUUCCUCAGUCUGAAGCAUUACACAAGGAGGAUCAAAUACAGGACAUUUUAGAAGGUUUGCAAAACUUAAAAUUAGAAACUGACCUCUCCACUCCUGCUUCCCAGUGUAUGCUAAUAAACACAUCAGUAACACUGCCCCCUACGCCUACUAAAUCAACUCCAAAUAUUACAGUCCAGCCAGUUUCCGAAAUGAUACAUAUCCAGCUUAAUGACAGAGUUAAUAAGCCAUUUGUGUGUCAAAACCAAGACUGUAACUACAGUGCCAUGACAAAGGAUGCCCUGUUCAAACACUAUGGUAAAAUCCAUCAGUAUACUCAAGAAAUGAUUCUUGAGAUUAAGAAGAAUCAGUUAAAAUUUGCUCCAUUUAAAUGUGUAGUACCUACAUGUACCAAAACAUUUACAAGAAAUUCUAAUCUCCGGGCACACUGUCAGUUGGUGCAUCAUUUUACAACAGAAGAAAUGGUAAAGUUAAAAAUAAAAAGACCAUAUGGAAGAAAAUCUCAGAGUGAAAAUUUGUCAGUGCCACAAAUUACUCAAGUGAAAAAACAGCCACUCGUAGCAGAGGAGGUAAAAACUGAUUUACAGCCUGCGGUAGCGUUGCCAGCAGGGACAGAUGAUGCCCUUGGCAAUGUAGCAGUAAUCCCAGAAAAACAACUUACAGAAAAAAAAAGUCCUGAGAAACCAGAAAGUUCCUCACAACCUCUCACAGUCACUGUCGAACAAUAUAAUACAAAUCUCACAAACCUGAAAGCCAAAGGAAGGAAAAAUAAGAGGCAUAGAAAAGAAAAGGAAGAAAAAAAAGAGAAGAACCCAGUCUCCCAGUCUGUUGAGUUUCCAGCAAGAUACAGUCCCUAUAGACCUUACUGCUGUGUUCACCAGGGAUGCUUUGCUGCAUUUACAAUACAGCAAAACUUGAUUCUUCAUUACCAGGCUGUACAUAAAUCAAAUCUUCCUACAUUUUCUGCAGAGAUUGAAGAGGAAAGUGAAGCUGGCAGAGAAAGUGAAGAAACUGAAACAAAACAAUCAAUGAGAGAAUUUCGCUGCCAGGUGAGUGACUGUUCUAGAAUUUUCCAAGCGAUCACUGGCCUGAUACAGCACUACAUGAAACUUCAUGAAAUGACCCCUGAGGAAAUUGAAGGCAUGACUGCUGCUGUGGAUGUUGGCAGAUUUCCAUGUGAUCAGUUGGAGUGUAAAUCUUUUUUUACAACAUAUCUGGGCUAUGUUGUUCAUCUUGAGGUAGACCAUGGGAUUGGAACAAGGACAGGUAAAUCAGAAGAAGACGGCAUAUACAAGUGUGACUGUGAAGGCUGUGACCGGAUAUAUGCAACUCGGUCUAAUCUCCUCCGACACAUCUUUAAUAAGCAUAAUGACAAACAUAAGGCUCAUUUGAUUCGGCCAAGAAAAUUAACUGGUCAGGAAAAUAUAUCAAGUAAAGCAAACCAAGAAAAAUCAAAGCCUAAACAUCGGCUAUCAAAACACAGCAGAUCUGGAAAAGAAGGAAUAAAAAUGCCUAAGACCAAGCGAAAGAAAAAAAGUAAUUUUGAAAACAAGAGUGCAAAAGUUGUGCAGAUUGAAGAAAAUAAGCCUUAUUCUCUAAAACGUGGAAAACACGUAUAUUCCAUAAAGGCUAGAAACGACGCCUUGUCAGAGUGUACGAGCAAAUUUGUAACGCAGUACCCGUGUAUGAUAAAGGGGUGCACUUCUGUUGUUACAAGUGAAAGCAAUAUCAUUAGACAUUAUAAGUGCCAUAAAUUGUCCAAAGCAUUUACAUCACAACAUCGCAAUAUUCUUAUUGUAUUCAAGCGGUAUGGCAACCCACAAGGAAAGGAAGCUUCUCAGCAAGAGGAUUGUAAAGACGAUACAAAAGAUCCUGAUGCAUUUGUGUUAGAGAAAAACGAUAAUUCAAAAGCAGCUUCCGUUUCACAGGAAGAAAGUAUAAAAGGUGAGAAAGAUGAAAUGGAUGAGCUAACAGAACUCUUUAUUACAAAAUUAAUAAAUGAAGAUAGCACAAAUGUAGAAACUCAAGUUAAUACUACUUUAAAGGUAAAUAAUGGUUUUCAGGAAAGUAAUUCCUGCCCAUCAGAAAAACAAAAGGCAGGUAAUUUGAAGAGAGUUAAUAAGGAAAAAGGCAUUGUGCAAAAUAAAAAAAGAAAGGUUGAUAAAACUGAGCCAGAAUUACCAUUGGAGGUAAAUACUGCACAGAAGGACGAAGAGACUGCUGUGGCUGUUCAAACCACGGAGGAGCAUCCUGCCUCCUUUGACUGGAGCUCCUUCAAGCCGAUGGGAUUUGAAGUGUCGUUUCUUAAGUUUCUUGAAGAGUCUGCAGUGAAGCAGAAGAAAAACACUGACAGAGACCAUUCACACAGUGGGAGUAAGAGAGGAUCCCAUUCAAAUUCAAGAAGAAAUGUUGAUAAGACCACUGUGGCUGGUGGGAAUCACACGUGUUCUUGUAAAGAAAGUGAUCUCUUUGUACGGUUUGCCAAUCCCUCCAAGCUUCCGUGCAGUGAGAAUGUAAAGAUUGUUUUAGACAAGACUCUUAAAGAUUGCACUGAGCUUGUCCUAAAACAGCUUCAGGAAAUGAAACCUACUGUGAGCCUAAAAAAGCUUGAAGUGCUAUCAAAUGCUCCAGACAGGACUGUUUUGAGAGACGUCAGCAUAGGUAGAGCCACGGGCAGAGGGCAGGACUGAGAGCAGACUCGUGUACUAUAAAUGCGUAUCAUUUGUAGUUUAUUUUAACUAGAAAGCCAUCAAGCAUGCUAUAAUUGUGAGCUUUUUAAUUUGUUGACAUGAAUUAACCUAGCUUUAAAAAAAAUGAGGAGAAAAAAAAAAGCCAUGACACCUGUCAUGUAGAACUUUAUUUUAUCCCUAUGGGACUCGGGCAAAAUCAGUACUUCAGUCAUUGUAAAUAAUUGAGUUAAGCCUCAGAUAUCUGUCACCUGUUGUCCUUUCCAUGAACUCUACUGAUUAUCUGUGGGGUUGGUGUCUUCUCAGCAGAUCACCACUCGUGUAUAGCAGUACUCUUUAUCUGUAGAUAGUUUUUUGUAUAUAUUUAUUAUUGUAAAUCAUUUGCUGCCACCAGCAGUCUGUAAGUCUAAAUAAGUAAAUGAUACAUUUAUAUUUGCAAUUUUAAUUUUAUCGAAGUGAUCAAGUUUUUAAACUUAUUGUUUUAAAUUAAGAACUUUUUGAACUAAAACUAGAAACUGCCAUAGGUUUGGUUGUUUUUUUUUUAACAUAAAACAUUUACAAGAUGAUGUCAGGCUGGUUCGCACGGUAGGCACAUUGCAACACUCGGCUUUGGGAACUUGCCAUCCUCCUUUCCUGGAUGGUGUUCAUGUGAAAUCAGAGCAGAUUCUUCAGUAGUUUCAUAUAGCUGCAGAUUUUUUUCCUUUUUCCAUUGCUUCUAAUUGGAUAGUUAUUUUGAGUCCAUGAAAUGUAAUGGAAAUGUGAAUAAAGACUUUACUACAUUGAAGAUUUUCAACAUUGGUAUUUUAAAGUAUCCUUUGUCAAUGUGAUAGAAACUAGUAGUGGAGCAGUGUAAAUACUCAAGGUGGUGGUUUGUGAAGUAGCCCAGUAUUGCCUUAAAUAAAAUCACAUUUCAGUUCUUCUUUUGUAUGUGAUCUUAUAAAGAUUUUUUUCUUCCCAUUUUCUGAGUUUUAUGGAUGGUGUAUAGCUUUAAACUGUAUAAACUUUUGUGGAAAGAAUUUUUUAGACAUUUUAUAAAUUUUAAAAUUGGUAUCAUCAAAGUGAGCCCAUCUUGUGUUUAUAAAAUGCAAGAAUCCUUAACAUUUAUAGUUGCAUAGAUGAGACACUUUCUAUAAGGAAGUCAUAUGUUUUGAUUUUACUAUUUAUAGGCAUUGGGUUGUGCAGAUUUGUCUGUAUUUUUCACAUUAUCUAAUGAUACUGUUUUCAUUAGAUUAGUCUUCAUGAACAGUAUUAAUCAUGAUUGAUUUUUUUAUCGUUCCAUAUCUAAUUGUAGCUUAGCUUCAUUCACCAGACCUGUGCUGCGAGGUAGGAGUUGCUUUUCGAGCACUGACGGCCUCGUCGGACGCACAGGUGGAGUCGGUACUGGAAGCAAGCAGCCUUUGGAUAUUUACUUUCAUUUCUGUUUGCCCUAAUAGCAUUGUUGUUUUGUUUUCUUUUGUUUGACAUACCGUAAUGCCGUUCCAUUCACGGUGUUAGCCUGAGCUGUGGUGUUGUAGUCACAUGGAUGUGUGUCCCUGUACAGCAUCAGACUUGCAGGAGAGAGAAAUCACUUCCCUGAAAUUGCUGGGACUCUGAAUAAGCAAGCGUGGUGAAGGAAUGAACUUCAUUUCUUUUGGAAAUGUUAAAGGUUUUAUUAUGAAAACAUUAUAGUUUUAUGUGGGGACCCAGUGAGUUCUGUUGAGUAGUUGGUUUUACCUUAAGUUUCUUUUCAGUAUGCCUAAAACUUGACACAUUAAAAUGUUACCAUUUGGUAAGCCCACUGUUAUUUAUUAAUGUUAAAAUAAAGGUGGUUUUCAUCGUU